UUUGGUAUGUUUUGGAUCUUUGCAGGGACAAAAGAUGGAGACGCCUCAAGAAGUCGUCUUAAGAAUCUUAGAAGACUUAGGAGCUGAGGACUUUGAAAAGUUUAAUUGGCACCUGCAGCAGGAAGGAGCCCUCAACGACUUCCCAGCAAUCCCAAAGAGUAAACUGGAGAAAGAAACCCGGCUUAACACCGUGGAGAUGAUGCUCCAGACCCACAGUAUAAAGAUCAUUGAUGUGACCAGAAUAGUUUUAAAGAAGAUGAAUCUAAAUGAUCUGGUGAAGAAGUUACCGUGUCAUGGAGAAGUCAACACCCCAGAAGGUGAAGAGAUUCGUGCUGCGUGUCAGCGAAAACUCAAAUCUAAGCUAGACAGGAAGUUCCAGCGUGUGUUUGAGGGGAUUGCUAAAGCAGGAAACCAAACCGUUCUGAAUCAGAUGUUCACAGAGAUCUACCUCAUGAAGGGAGGGGCUGCAGGGGUCAAUGAAGAACAUGAGGUCAUACAGAUUGAAACAGCAUCCUGGAAACCAGACAGACCAGAACCAACAAUAAGACAAGAAGACAUCUUUAAAACCCCACCUGGAAGAGAUGAACCAAUCAGAGCAGUGAUGACAACGGGAGUGGCUGGCAUCGGGAAAACAGUCUUAACACAGAAGUUCACUCUGGACUGGGCUGAAGGCAAAGCCAACCAGGACAUCCAGUUCAUAUUCCUAUUCACCUUCAGAGAGCUGAAUGUGCUGAAAAAGAGAAAGUUCAGCUGGGUGGAACUUGUUGAUUACUUCUUUAGUGAAACCAAAGAAGCAGGACUCUGUAGGUUUGAAGAGGUCCCGGUGGUCUUCAUCUUUGACGGUCUGGAUGAGUGUCGACCUCCUCUGGACUUCCUCAACACUGAGAUCCUGACUGAUGUUACAGAGUCCACCUCAGUGGGUGUGCUGCUGACAAACCUCAUCAGGGGGGAUCUGCUUCCCUCUGCUCGCCUCUGGAUAACCACCCGACCUGCAGCAGCCAAUCAGAUCCCUCCUGGGUGUGUUGACAUGGUGACAGAGGUCAGAGGGUUCACUGACGCCCAGAAGGAGGAGUACUUCAGGAAGAGAUUCAGAGAUGAGGAGCAGGCUAGCAGGAUCAUCUCCCACAUCAAGAGAUCACGAAGCCUCCACAUCAUGUGCCACAUCCCAGUCUUCUGCUGGAUCACUGCUACAGUUCUGGAGGACGAGUUGAAGACCAGAGACGGAGGAGAGCUGCCCAAGACCCUGACUGAGAUGUACAUUCACUUCCUGGUGGUUCAGUCCAAAGUGAAGAAGGUCAAGUAUGAUGGAGGAGCUGAGACGGAUCCACACUGGAGUCCAGAGAGCAGGAAGAUGAUGGAGUCUUUGGGAAAACUGGCUUUUGAGCAGCUGCAGAAAGGCAACCUGAUCUUCUAUGAAUCAGACCUGACAGAGUGUGACAUCGAUAUCACAGCAGCCUCAGUGGUCUCAGGAGUGUUCACACAGAUCUUUAAGGAGGAGAGAGGACUGUACCAGGACAAGGUGUUCAGCUUUGUCCAUCUGAGUGUUCAGGAGUUUCUGGCUGCUCUUCAUGUCCAUCUGACCUUCACCAACUCUGGAGUCAACCUGCUGGCAGAAGAACAAACAUCAUCAACACAGUUCUACCAGAGGGCUGUGGACAAGGCCUUACAGAGUCCAAAUGGACACCUGGACUUGUUCCUCCGCUUCCUCCUUGGUCUUUCUCUGCAGACCAAUCAGAAACGCCUACAAGGUCUGCUGACACAGACAGGACGUAGCUCACAGACCAAUCAGGAAACAGUGGAGUACAUCAAGAAGAAGAUGGAUGAGGAUCUGUCUGCAGAGAGAAGCAUCAAUCUGUUCCACUGUCUGAAUGAACUGAAUGAUCGUUCUCUAGUGGCGGAGAUUCAAUGGUCUCUGAGAUCAGGACGUCUCUCCACAGAUAAACUGUCUCCUUCUCAGUGGUCAGCUCUGGUCUUCAUCUUACUGUCAUCAGAAGAAGAUCUGGACGUGUUUGACCUGAAGAAAUUUGAAACUUCAGAGGAGGCUCUUCUGAGGCUGCUGCCAGUGGUCAAAGCCUCCAACAAAGCUCUGCUGAGUGGCUGUAACCUGUCAGAGAGAAGCUGUGAAGCUCUGUCCUCAGUUCUCAGCUCCCAGUCCUCUAGUCUGAGAGAGCUGGACCUGAGUAACAACAACCUGCAGGAUUCAGGAGGGAAGCUGAUCUCUGAUGGACUGAAGAGUCCACACUGCACUCUGGAGACUCUCAGGCUGAGUGGCUGUAACCUGUCAGAGAGAAGCUGGGAAGCUCUGUCCUCAGUUCUCAGCUCCCAGUCCUCUAGUCUGAGAGAGCUGGACCUGAGUAACAACAACCUGCAGGAUUCAGGAGGGAAGCUGAUCUCUGAUGGACUGAAGAGUCCACACUGCACUCUGGAGACUCUCAGGCUGAGUGGCUGUAACCUGUCAGAGAGAAGCUGUGAAGCUCUGUCCUCAGUUCUCAGCUCCCAGUCCUCUAGUCUGAGAGAGCUGGACCUGAGUAACAACAACCUGCAGGAUUCAGGAGGGAAGCUGAUCUCUGAUGGACUGAAGAGUCCACACUGCACUCUGGAGACUCUCAGUCUGUCAGGCUGUCUGAUCUCAGAGGAAGGCUGUUCUUCUCUGGUCUCAGCUCUGAGCUCCAACCCCUCCCAUCUGAGAGAGCUGGACCUGAGCUACAAUCAUCCAGGGGACUCAGGAGUGAAGCUGCUGUCAGCGGGACUGAAGGAUCCUCUCUGGAGACUGGACACUCUCAGGGUGGAGCCUGCUGGAGUCAGAUGGUUGACACCAGGUCUGAGGAAGUAUUCCUGUGAACUCACAGUCGACACCAACACGGUGCACAGGAACCUCAAACUGUCUGACAACAACAGGAAGGUGACCCGGGUGCAGGAGGAUCAGCCAUAUCCUGGUCAUCCAGAGAGGGUGGAGCCUGCUGGAGUCAGAUGGUUGACACCAGGUCUGAGGAAGUAUUCCUGUGAACUCACAGUCGACACCAACACGGUGAACAGGAACCUCAAACUGUCUGACAACAACAGGAAGGUGACAUGCGUGAAGGAGGAUCAGCCAUAUCCUGGUCAUCCAGAGAGGUUUGAGUCCUGGUCUCAGCUGCUGUGUAGAGAUGGUCUGACUGGUCGCUGUUACUGGGAGGUCCAGACCAGAGGAAAGGUUGAUAUAUCAGUGAGUUACAGAGGAAUCAGGAGGAGAGGAGUCAGAGAUGACUCUGGGUUUGGAUUUAAUGAUCAGUCCUGGAGUCUGAGCUGCUCUGAUGAUCGUUACUAUGUCUGGCACAAUGACAGAAGAACCUCCAUCUCCUCCUCCUGUGUCUCUGGUAGAGUAGCAGUGUAUGUGGACUGUCCUGCUGGCUCUCUGUCCUUCUACACAGUCUCCUCUGACUCACUGAUCCACCUCCACACCUUCAACACCUCAUCCACUCAGACUCUCUAUCCUGGGUUUGGGUUCUGGUCUCGGGGCUCCUCAGUGUCUCUGUGUGAUGUGGAGGACGGAGAGUCUCCUCCUGUCUCUCACUAGUGAUCAGCUGAGUCU